AACAGCUGAUGUUGUCAUUCGGGGUACAUAAAAAGGUGCAUUGUCCGCACUUUAGCCCCACUAGAUCAGAGGACCCCAGAGUGAGAAGAACCCAGUCCCAACAUGAAGUGGACCCUGGUGUUGUGCGCUGUUCUGUUCGCCCAGGCAUGGGCUAAAGAGAAGCACCACGAGUGCCCUGACCGCUACCCCUCGGAGCUGGCGAAGGGUGGCGCCGAGAAGACCUACAAUGAGCUCUCGGAGGGAAAGCCGCUCUACCAGUUCGAUUUGUUUGAGGCGGAGGAAGGCUUCAAGCCGCUGGAGACCCACACACUGGGCCUGCGCAGCAACGACAGAUCCCGGAUGUUCCGCGGCUUCCACGUCAGCGUGACGUCAGAUGACGCGAAGUGCACGGCGGGAAAGCUGAAGGCGUACCACAAGGGUGUGAAGGAAGUGAAGCACUGCAACGUUCUGGUCAACAGCAAGGACGAGCCGACCGUCAAGGUGCCCAUCACAUGGAAAGCGCCACCUUGCGGCUGUGUCACUUUCAGAGCCACUGUGAUUGAGGACAAGACCAAGUACUACCUGGACGACGGACGUCUUGAAGACGGGCCGCUGACCAAGACGGUGUGCGCCCUGGAAGACGUCAACUUCGACGACGUCAACGUCAAGAACGAGAUGGAAGGAGAGAAAGAGGAUAUGGAGAUGGUUCCAUUGGAGAAAUACCAGCCAAAGAAAGAAAUGCUGACCGCGGUGAAGGAGAUCGCCGAGGACUUUGACCCCGAGGUGGAGCCCGAAUACGAGCCCGAAGAGUUCGAGCCCGAAUCUGAGGAGGAAUUCGAAAUGCCAGAGUCGGAAUCUGAGGAAGAGGAACUGGACGACGAAGAGGAAGACAUCAAAGACAUUGACGACGGUGAGUUCGACAGGCUGUGCAAGUCUUCCGAGGGAAAGCUGGGUCGCCGCCCACCAAAGCGCAUGCGCUUCUGGAGCAUGAUGGGACUUUGCUGCCGUUACGAAGGAGACGAGAGGAGCGAAUGUGUCACCAAGGCCCGUGCCCAUGUCCGGGAGCACAAGGAGGCGCGCCAGGACCGCCGGCGGCCCGACAACCGCCCCCGCCCCGCCGGCCGCCCGCAGCGCCCCGGUAGGAAGCCCGAGGAGGGCACGAACAGGCCGAGGAUGGUUCGUCCUGGCUCAAAGCGCGGCUCCAUGUUCGAGGAUCGGAUUGCUCUCAGCGUCGAGGCGUUCCGUGACAUCAGGAAGAACCCCUUCACCUGCCUGAGGUCCGCCAGCUUCAUCGCUCCCAGGCAGACUGACUCCGAGGGCAUCAGCGCCCUCUGCCAACACAUGGAGGAAAUGCAGGACUCCCGUCCGCCCAUGCGAAGACCCCGUCCGGGUAUGAGGGGAGAAGAAGGACGCCGUCCGCACAUGCGCAGACCACGCCCUGGUAUGGAGAAGGAAGAUCGCCCCGGCCCACGCCCGGGCAUGCGCAGACCUGGCAUGGAGGAGCACCGUAACCGCCCGCACAUGCACGGACACCAUGGCGGCCCCCGCCCCAUGCACAAGAGACCCGGCAUGGUGAAACCGGAGCGUUACGCUGAGGGGAUCAAGCAGCUGGCCCACAAGGUCCGUGAGGGGAUGGCCAUGACACGUACCCAGCGCAGCGCAGAGGAAGCCAAACCCGCACUGCUGGGGCACGAACAUGAGCAGCACAGGUUCGACAAGAGCUCUGAUAAACAGAAGCCUGUCCCAGGACGCCCCAUGUUCGGACAUCAUCACGAGAAGCACCAGUUCGACGAGGAGUACCAAGAGGUACUUCAGGAUCGCAAGGAGGGCGUCUCCAGGUGUUGUUCUAUGGAGGGUGAGGAGCAGGGAGACUGUUUCAGAUCCCAGCAGGAGACCGACAUGGAGACCCUGUGCGCGCGUGAGGACCUGACCACUCACGGGAAGUUCGGACUGAGCCACCCCUGCUGUCAGGAGGAGGAGGAGGGCCGCCGGGCAGAGUGCUUCGACCAGGAGAGAUAUUGGUUCGACGAGGAGGUUCACGAGACAGACUUCACUCCUGACCUUGAGAAGUUCUACGACACCCUGCAGGACCUGAUUGACCUGAAGAACCCGUGGAGAACCCGCGCACUCGCCAUUCCGGAAAGGAUUGGGCGCUACUGUGAGAUGACCAAGAAGUGGCAGGCUCCCGCCAAGGAGGAUGUGCCGAGCCAGUUCGGCGUCUUCUACAACUGGUACGAGAGGGUGCAGCGGAAAAUGAAUCUCGUGGAGUGCUGCCAGAACGAAGACGAGCAGAAGGUGAAGAACUGCAUCUCUGAAGAGAGCCGCCAGCGGGUGGACCGGUACUGCAGCACGGACCCUAAGUUCGCUGCCCAGCUGCAGCCAGCUCACCCCUGCUGUCAGAUGUCAAUCAACGAGAAGUACCAGUGCUUCGCGCAGGAGAAGGUCGACUACAACGAGGAGAUCCAUUCCAAGGACUUUACCCCGGUUCUGUCUGAUUACAUGGAGGAGUACUGGUACUGGCUGGAGCAAAAGAUGGAGAAGGGUUUCGACAAAGACCCGCGUAUGCUGACAAAGAACCAAACCCCAGACAUCCCGUCAGAAGAAGAAGAGCUAGAGGAAGAGCUGGAGGAGAUCGAGUUCUCCGACUCUGAGAUGGAGGACCUGAGCGAGCUGGAUGAUGAGCCUAUCGAGGAACUGGAAGAGGAGGAGGAAGAAGAGCCAGUCUCUGAUGCUCUCCGUCCGCUGGUGCCCCGCCUGGUCCGUAAGGUGGACUGCUGCAAGGCCGGCAAGAACGCCGCAAACGGGCCGCGAACCUGCCGCAACAAGGCGCUAUCGUACAUCGGCUCGCUGCCACUCCGCACCAGCAGGGGCAAGAACAUCUGCCAGAGGAUGUUCUGGAAGUGCUGCCAGCGGGUCAAGAGAACUGGCCUGACGGUCGCCCCUCAGCCACCCCGCGUGCCCACCAGUGAAGAAUCAGAGGAGAUCCUGAAGAAAGAACCUUACGUCAUCAGCGAGAAGACUGAGGAGUCUAUGGAUAAGAAGAACAUUCCCGUGGACACGGCCUCUUCUGAAGAGGACAUGGGAGACUUCGAAGAGAUGGACAAGAACGAACUGGAAAUGCUUGAGAACGAGCUGAAUGACAUGGACAUCGACAGUGUUGUUGAGGAGGCAGAAGAUGAAGAUGAGGAGGAGGAGGAGGAAGAGGAGGGAUUUUCUCCCCGUGCUCCAGGAAGACGCCGUGGCAAGCCCGGACGUAUGUUCGUGAGGAGGUGCUGUCGUGUGGGAAAGAGGUUCGGCCGGUCCAGCCCCAACUCCUGCGAGUCCAGGGCGGCCCAGUUCGUGCGCAGGAUGAGGCGGCCCCAGGUCCGCAGGGUCUGCAGCCGGGUCCUCACCAGGUGCUGCGAGAAGAUGCCCAGGCCUACCAAAGUUCCCGAGAGCACCACCGCAUCCGAGGAACCCGCAACGACCACUCCCUUCCCCCUGUAAGGAGGCUUCACCCAACAAUGAGCCACUAGUACUGAAAUUACCCAUCUGAUUGUUGCUUCAAUCAAUCCACAACUACUUCUUAAACAACCAGUAACUUCGGCCAACAAUUGUUGACGUGUCACAAAACAUUCUCUUAUGCAAAUGACAUACAACAAAAACAUCCUCCUAUGCAAAUGAGAUACGACAAAAACUUACUGAAUAUCUUGUUUCUCAACAAGAAGAACCUUUAACCAGUUAUGCCUACCUGAUGUUUAUAACGAUUGGCAUGUCAGGAACAUGUACACAUUUAAAUACAUGCAGUUUCAUAGCUAUAGCUUUUUACCGUUUGUACUGACAACAUUUAUAAAAAUUACCCUUUCUUUGCUUUCCUUAAAUUUUCGUGCAAUUGUUAACCUAGGACACAGUUGAUGUUGAUGUGAUUUUUCAAUAAAGAUUGAACUUCAAAUGGA